AUGGAUGUUGGGGCGUUUCUCGACGCGGUGCAGAAGAUGCCGUGGUACAUGGAGCAGAUUGUGCAUGGCGAAGAUGUGCCUGCGCGUGAAGCUCGGUAUGGCACGCUUGACCGUCCGCUUGACGGCAGGCUGGAGGAGGCGCUGGAUGGCGCGGGGAUAGACGCGCUGUACACGCACCAGACGGAUGCUAUCAAUGCGCUGCGGAGCGGUAAGAAUGUUAUCGUGUCCACGGGGACUGCGAGCGGCAAGAGCCUGUGCUACAACCUGCCGGUGCUUGAGGCGCUGCUGCAGGACCGCACGGCGAGCGCGAUGUACAUUUUCCCCACGAAGGCGCUUGCGCAGGACCAGCGUAGGGCGUUGGGACGACUCGUGCCGAGGUCGGCGCGGCUACGCUACGACAUCUUUGACGGCGAUACGCCGACGCCCGAACGUGGGGGCAUACGGCGCAGCGCGCGGCUGCUCAUCACGAACCCGGAUAUGUUGCAUGUGGGCAUUCUGCCGAAUCAUCGCCUCUGGUAUCAGCGGCUGAGGAGCUUGCGGUAUGUGGUGAUAGACGAGGCGCAUGUGUAUAGGGGCGUGUUCGGCUCGCAUGUCGCCAACAUCAUCCGUCGGCUGCGGCGCAUCUGCGAGAGAUUUGGCAGCAAGCCGCAGUUCAUACUUUGCUCGGCGACGAUUGCCAAUCCGGGCGAGCAUGCGGAGCGGUUGACGGGACUGCCUUUUGAGGUCGUGGAUGAUGAUGGCUCGCCCUACGGCGGCAAGGACUUCCUCUUCUGGAAUCCUCCUAUGCUGGACCUGGCUACCGGCAGUAGACGCAGCACGAACACGGAGUCGGCGCAGCUCUUCGCGGAACUGCUGAGGCGGUAUGUGCGGACGAUGAAUUUCGUGCGCAGCAGGCGCGCCGCCGAACUGCUGUAUGUGUAUGUGCGGGAUAAUCUGAAGCUGUCGCAUCCGGAUGUCGCCAAGCGCGUGAUGCCGUAUCGCGCGAGCUACCUGCCGGAAGACAGGCGGGCGAUAGAGCGGGACCUCGCGCAGGUCGGCUGCUCGGCGUUACGACCACGAACGCGAUGGAGCUUGGGAUAG